AUGCCGCUCACAAAGGAUGUCAUCAAGUUCGGCACCUUUGUGGUGACGAACCAGGUCUUCCACGUAACGCGCCUAUCCUUUGCCAUAGUCAACCUCAAGCCCCUUCUGCCUGGUCAUGUCUUGGUGUCGCCGCGCCGUAUCGUGCCGCGUUUCAACGAUCUGUCCGCCGCCGAAGUGCAGGACCUAUUUUUGACCGUGCAGCGGGUGUCCCGCAUGGUGGAGCGAGUCUUCAGUGCCUCGUCCCUGAACAUCGCCAUACAAGACGGCGUAGACGCAGGCCAGAGCGUGCCCCAUGUUCAUGCACACAUCAUCCCUCGCAAGAAGGACGACUUGGAAGAGAAGGGUGGCACCGAUGCUAUAUACGGCAUGAUGGAGAGCGAAGAUGCGGACCUGAGCAAGCAGCUUGCCGACAGGGAGAGGGCAGCUAAAGCACAUCUCGCGGGAGAAGAAAAGAAGGGGCGCUUCCCUGCUGUGGACAAUGAUAGCCGCAAGCCCCGGACCGACCAAGAGAUGCAGGAAGAAGCCGAGUGGCUGGCAGAGGAGAUGGCGAGGGACGGAAGAGACGAACAGAGCGUUGUAUGA